CUGCAGCCUUUAACCCGCCAGCAUCCCGGAGGAACUUCACCCACCCUGGUUUUUAUCGGCAGCAAAAAAAAUCAGCCGCUUUCUCAGCCCUCGCAGAUUUGUCAGCUCUCAGCUCCGAUCGAUCGUUUUCAGCUCAUAAAGGAUGGGCGGGUUUUUUUCUUCUUUUUCUUCUUUUGCUCCGGUGACGUCUAAGAUCUGCGGAGGAACAGAUGAUAUUUGAACCCACGGAAAGGAGCGGAAAGAGGGAGAGAGGAGGUGGGUGUUGGACACAAGGCUGUUUUGUCUUCUCUUAGUGUUUCCUGACUUAUUGUUGCGCUUGGAUCAGAGCAAAUAAAGCCGCAAAGUGAAGCUUUUUUUUUUUUUUUUUUUUUUAAAUCUCAUGACCAUUUUAAGCAGGAUCUUUCUUUUUGUUUAAAAAAACUUUGAUCGGAAAGUUUUUCAGGCAACUCUCUUGCACGACUUUAGAUCUGAAGGUAACAUGAGUAAAUGUGAAACGAUGGCACUGAAAGCCAAGGUACUGUAUGACUUCCACGGCGAAAACCCAGGAGAGAUCUCCAUAGCGGAGAACGAGCUGGUGACACUGUUCAGUGAGGAGGAGCUGGAGGGCUGGCUGGAGGGGGAGAACAGCAGGGGGGAGGUCGGCCUCUUCCCUGCCUCCUACGUUGACAUCAUCAGAGACCAAGUCACCUCCGGCACGGGCAACAACGGCGUCGCCUCGCCCAAAGCCAUAACCCAGUCCCCCAGCCACAGCUCGUACGCGUCCCCCGAUUCCCACUCCCAGAGGAGGUUCAAGGUUAGCAGCGGUGGGGGGAGCAGCUUCAACACCAGCCAGGGCAGCGAUGACGACUGGGACGACGACUGGGACGACAGCUCUCCUGCUCAGUACGGGCCUCAGGGUUUCGGCACCUCCCCUCCCCUGUACCCGGUCACCACCUCCUUGCCCGGCCGGGGGAGCGGCCACCAGCACCAGCAGCAUCAGCAGCAGCAGCAGGCCAAGAGCUCGGCAACGGUGGGGAGGAACCUCAACAGGUUCUCCACCUUCGUCAAGUCCGGAGGAGAGGCCUUCCUGCUCGGGGAGGCCUCGGCGUUUGUCAAGGACGGGGACAGGAUCUGCGUGGUGAUGGGCAAGUUCGGACCCGAGUGGCAGGAGGACCCGUAUCCGUUCACGUGCACCAUCGACGACCCCACGAGGCAGACCAAGUUCAAAGGGAUGAAGAGCUACAUGUCGUACGGCCUUACCCCGACGCACACCAACGUGCAGGUGAACCGCAGGUACAAGCACUUUGACUGGCUCUACGGCCGGCUCGUGGAGCGUUUCCCCGUCAUCUCGGUGCCCCACCUGCCGGAGAAGCAGGCCACGGGGCGCUUCGAGGAGGACUUCAUCUCCAAGAGGCGGAAGGGCCUGAUCUGGUGGAUGAACCACAUGACGAGCCACCCCGUCCUGGCCCACUGCGACGUCUUCCAGCACUUCUUGACGUGCGGCGCGGACGAGAAAGCCUGGAAAAUGGGCAAGAGGAAGGCCGAGAGGGACGACCUGGUCGGGGCGAACUUCUUCCUGACCAUCAGCACGCCGGUCGUCCCUCUGGACCUGCCGGAAGUCGAGAGCAAGAUCGAGGGCUUUAAGAGCUUCACCAAGAAAAUGGACGAGAACAUUGUUGUGGUGAACUCGUCCAUCAACGAGUUCGCCCGCAAACAGAUAACGGGCUUCAAGAAGGAGUACCAGAAGGUCGGGCAGUCCUUCAAGCAUCUGGCGCAGGCGUUCGAGCUGGACCAGCAGGUCUACUCGGCAGGCCUGAACAAAGCCAUCUCCUACACCGGCGAGGCCUACGAGGCCAUAGGGGAGUAUUUUGCAGAGCAGCCGCGCCAGGACCUAGAACCCAUUUCUGAUCUGCUGGACCUUUACAGAGGACAUCUGUCCAAUUUCCCUGACAUCAUCCAUGUGCAGAAAGGUGCUCUGACUAAAGUGAAAGAUUGUCCAAAGAAGGAGGGCGAGCUCCACGAUCGCUGCAACAUCAUAUCCUGUGCCACACUAGCAGAAAUCCAGCACUUCCACCGCACACGCGUGCGGGACUUCCGCUUGCAGAUGCAGCACCACCUGCGCCAGCAGAUCAGCUUCUUCCAGAAGAUCACCGCCAAGCUAGAGGACGCCUUGCAGAAAUACGACGACGACCAAUAGGACAGGACAAAGCGAGGAAAGAGGUCGAGAGGGCUUGCCAAAAGGAGAUGGAAAGAAACUCGAGCACAGAAUCAAAGGAUUAAUGAUUUCAUCCUUUGGUAACAUCUUACAAUAUUUUAAAUGAAAGAGAAAAACUUUAUUAUGUGAUGAAUCUUUCAUCUGGCAUGUUGGAAGAUGUGCAUCUGCAAAAAAAAAAAAAAAAAGAAAAACUGCCAGAAGACAACUUGUGGGAUUAUCUGAGCAGUUCUGAUGAGUGUACCAGUGACAGGGAUUUUUGUGAACACUCCAUGCAACACAUAAAGCAGCUCCCGGUGUGCUGAGGCCUGCAGUUUCAAUCAGGCUUUCUGGGUCAGGUUCUCUGACUCCCCUGUUUCCUCCUGGAGGGAUGUGGGUUUUACCCAACAUAAACAUGGACAAAGGACUGCGUUUAACGUUUGUGAUCAUUAUCCCGCGUAUGUGUGUGUGUGUGUGUGUGUUUUUACUUGAAUAACCCACUCAGUAUUGUAUGAAUGUGUAGUUUUCAGAAAUUCUGACUGUGGGAAGUGGCAAAGACGACAUGUUCUUCUCCUUCAUCCCAUUUUGUAAAAGUGAAAUAAUAAAAAAAAGAUUUAUAUACUUCAA